UCCCUCCGCUCAACUUGGCAGCUCUCAGUCUCAGUCUCACCUUGUGCAUGUGUCUGUGGCAGAGUGUUAAAAAAAAAAAAAUUGGCAUUUUUCAUCAGUUCGAGGCAAAGAGAAUUCUUGAACGCAACGUCCGGCUGUUUGUGAAUGGUCGUUUUCAUUUCAUGAUUCGAUUCGCGAUAUUUACACGUUGAUCGAGUGUGUUUAUUAAUUGGUUACACAUACAUUGUUUAUAUACUCAAUACGUAACAAGUAACAGGCUCUUUUAAGAAGACGAGGACGAACAACUCUUUCACGGACGCGGAUGCAGCAUUCGAGAGAGAACCAGUUCAGAUGAAAGUUUAAUGCCAUGAGUUCCCUUCAACAAACCGGGAGGUUUCUACCUUUUGCGACCAGCAACAACAACAAUAACAACAUACAGAGGAAGCAGUUGUCAAGCCAAGGGGGACUACCGCAGAGCCUGAGCGGCAGUGACACAGAUGUUUCGACGUCGAACGAAAAUUUGAGCAACGAGGAGCGCUACGUGAUAAGGCACACGGCCAGACAGGAGCCCCAGGGACAGGAGAACCAGCAGCACAGCCUGCUCAAGGAGAGCUUGAACAACGCCUCGAACCGAAACAGUUUGAAAGAGAGUUUGAACGGUUCCAACCGAAACAGUCUCAAAGACAGUAUAAGCGGCUCCAACAGGAACAGUCUCAAGGACAACCUGAGCAAUCGCACGAGCGUCGGCUCCAACAGGAGUAGCCUCGACGUAUCCACGAGCUCGUACAACACGCUCAUCAUCCACAACGCCAACGAUGAAAACUCGUGGACGCCCACGUCAAGAUUGUCCGGAGUCGUGAGGGACCACGGUGACAUAGGCUACAUAUACUGCGAGGGGGCCAGUGGCAAGGGCCACUCCAACAGUCCGACGAUACAGUCCCUGGCGAAUUUACCACACGACGAUCACAUUUACGAGAACACGGGCAGCGGGGGCUGUCAAGAAAUCACCGACAUACCCGAUGAUUAUCUCAGUCAAUCGCAGGUGUUAAAACACUUGGCCAAAGAAGUCAAAGUGCCUUCGUACGUGAAGCUCACCGGUAAUGAUGGCAGCUUACUAGGAGACGGCGAUCGCGGAAAGCAAGCCGAUUACGAGGACAGACCGCAAUCGAAUUACGCGACGACUCUGUUGCCGGUCAAAAGCAGACACAGGCUGCUCGGGCCCACGGAAAAGCUGACGCUCUCGAGGUCGCAACCCGAUUUGUCGAGGCUCAGCAAGGCCGAAGUAGAGAAUUAUGAUCCGCGCACGAUCUCUCCUCGGCCGCAAACGAAGGGCAGGGAAGAAUUCGUGACGACGACCGGCGAGAUAUGGCCGACCUCGGAGAUGGUGCAGAUACUCAUCCAAGAAAACAGUUCCUUAAAACUCGAGCUCGAUCGCUGUUACAAAAAAGUCGCCAAGUCGCAGCAACUGGAGCAAGAAAUAGCCAAGGUCCACAGGGCCCACGAAGAGCUCGCCGCCUCCUGCGAGCGCAGGGAGAAGCUUGAACGCGCAGCGCGACUCAGGCUGCAGAGUGACUGCAGACGACUGCAGGAGCUCAAUCGGGCCCUAAGGGAUCAGAUCGAUUUGAUGACCACGCGCACAGAGAGCCCGCUUACGAUUGACUCGAUGAGGAAGGAACUCACCCAAAAGGAGCUGUUCAUCGGGCAGCUUAUCACUCAAACCAAGGAAUUAGCAGCAGCCAAAGAACGCCAGGAGAUCGAACUGGCUGCGCAGCGAGCGACGCUGCAAGAGCAACGAACGCACAUCGACAUCCUCGACACGGCCCUCACCAACGCUCAAAGCAACGUGGUUAGACUUGAGGAGGAGUGCCGAAAGAAGCAAAUGUACGUCGAACGAGUGGCGCAACUUCAACGAGCUCUGCAGUCCCUGCAGGCGUCUAGCGAUAGACGCGAAGAGACAGAGCGCCAGCUGCGGGGUCAGCUGGAACGUGAGCUGAGGGAAGGUGGUGGUGGCGAUCAUUCGGGCAACGGAGAAACUAUUACGGAGUUGAAGCGUAAGUUGCGCGAGCGGGACGAGAAAGUCAUGUCCCUUGAAGGAGAUGUCGCCAAGUGGGAGCAACGCUAUCUCGAGGAAAGCGCGCUCCGACAGGCAGCCAUUGAUGCCGCUAGUCUUCCAAAGGAUGCUAAAAUUGCUGCUCUUGAGAAAACGAGUCAAGACGCAGAGAAAUUGAUAGCUGAAGCUCGUUCAGAAAAGAUGCGGCACAUGGACGAGGUUCAUGCUGCUCAAAAGAAGCUAGCAGAUCUUGAAUCCAGGAUGAAAGAUCUGGAGUCCAAACUGGCUGAGAGAGACGCUAUGAUUAGGGUGCUACAAAAACACACCUAUGACAAAGACAACAGCAGUAGUAGUGGUGUAGGCAGCUAUCCAGCAGCUCACUCUACACAUUCCAGCACAUCGGCAGAUCACCACUCGGCUCUUACCAGUACUCCAGAGCUCGUUACAGUUGGCAAUAUUACGUAUGGUAGCGCAGCAUCGUACGGUAUUGAUUAUGGUUACAGGAAACAAGGAAGUUUUGAGCAAACUAACAAGAGUCUAGAUGAUCAGCUUAAAGAACUCGACUCACAGUUACUCAGCAAGCGUGCACUUUGCUGUUUUCCAGGAUUCUCUAUCUCUAAUCCAGGCGCUAUGUCGCGAAAAGGAAAAAUACCCAAGCCACUACUGGCGAGUGUAGAGUCGGGCGGGUCGAGUACAGCCUCGAGCAAGAGCCGACUGCUCGACGAUUCGCCCGGAGCCUCGGAAGCCGCCUCCGGUAUCCUCGACUUUGCCGCGGCCGCGUCGCGCUUCAAGUCCCGUCUCUCCGACGGCAAGCCCGAGGACAUGAUGCUUCUCGAGAAGCAGGGACGCAGCUCCCAGCGCCAACGCAUGCAGGAGCAACAGCCCGACCACCACCAGCCCAGGCGGGCCGGCAGUCUUCCGCCCAGCUCGUUGCCACGGCCGCCUCGUUCGCUCAAGUCCCAGAACUCGCGCUACUGUCGGCUCAGCGACUCAGAGGCCCGCAAGAACCCACAGAGCGGCGCCGGUCUCGACUCGCCGACCGGCCCCAGUCCGGUCUCGACCAUCCGGGACUCGGGCAACUGUACCCUGGAGUACGCGGCCAAGGUGCUGCGCCGCAAAAAGUCCUCCGAAAGUAUCCACAAGAGCAAGCACCUGCACCUCCACCACCACAACGACUACGAGCGCUUGGGUAUCCCAGGGCCUGGGGAGGGUUUGGCCAGCAGCAACGGGAACAUCAACGGUGGCGGCAAGCAUCGGGAGCACCAGUCGAGAUCGCUGAUCCCACCGCCCUCGAGGCGCAUCAACGGGGUCGAGUACGGCCGGUUGAGCGACGGGGAUGCCCCGAAGCAGCAGCAACAGCGCAAGUCGUCGCGCGAGUCGUCGUCCUCGCGCGGCCAGAGCACCGGCAGCAUCAUGAGCACCAAGAGCGAGAGCUCGUCCAUCAGUUCGCUCCAGCCGCCGACCCCGACGAUGCUCAAGCCCAGCAUCCGGUCGAUACCCAGGCCCAGUAACUAUCGCAUUCAAUUUUGAAUAUAAUAAUGUACUCCAUGGUGCGUAUAUACGUAUACACAUACGUACACUCACCCUUGUUACGUAUGCUUACGUCAUAGCUUCUUUUUGUACGUGGUAUGUAUAUGUAAUCUCGAGCCGACGAGAGGAAGAUACGCGGGAUGGUGCGAUAAUUUUAUCGGCGAUCGACUAUUUAUAGAGUGCCUUUUCAAACAUAUACAUUACACACACACACACACACUUUUUAUAUACGCGCGUGUUUAAGUAAACCUCACGGAAUACCUCGAUGCAAGAUGUUUUUGUCGAUCCAAAGUACAUAAUAGUAGUUUUCCUACGAGUUUGAAAAGUCUCUGUUUGCGAACCGAGAGGUUUGCGGCCCGAGCCGAAGGCGA